AUGCCAGACACCAUACGCUUCGAAAGCUUUCUACGCCUACCGAACUUCCUUUACCGCAGUGUCGGCAUCGAUUUAUGGGGCACACAUGGCGGUCUACUGCAACAAGCUUUAUUCUAUUUGUGCAUAAUAAAUGUUAAUAUUUGGCUAAUCUCUGAAGUAAUUUUGGCAUUGAUGAUUUUCGGCAAGAAUAUCGUACAAGCAACUAUGACACUCUCCUACGCUGGCUUUGUACUUGUCGGUUUUAUCAAAUUGUACUACAUGUGGCGAAAGAAACAAGAAUUAACGCGCUUCUUAAUCCAAAUGGACGCCAUUUUUCCACGCAAGGCAAGCCAACAGCAGUCAAUGGAUGUGUCUCGGCAUUUGCGUCAAAGCUCCAUUGUAAUGAGUAUUUUUUCGCUUAUAGUUAUGAUGCUCAUCUGCACCUACAAUCUCUAUCCGUGGCUGCAUCGUGAAUUGUAUGACUGUUGGCUGCACAUGCGCAGUAUAGAAAAGUCGCUACCCUACGAAAGUUACAUACCCUGGAAUUGGCACGAUCACUGGAGUUACUAUUUGCUUUAUGUUUCUCAAAGCUUUGCCGCCUAUCAUGCGGCAGCCGGACAAAUUGCUAGCGAUUUGGUGCUCUGCGCAAUGGCAACCCAAAUGGUAAUGCAUUAUGAGUAUGUGGCGCUUAAAAUUGAGCAGUAUCAACCGAAAUGGGGUACUAGUUGUUGUGUAAAUCGGCAGCAGCAGGUUAAGCUCGUGCAAGCAAGCAGUCAAUGGGAGAUGAAAAGAGCUGCUUAUAUUGAGGAUAUGCGAUUUCUAGGUGACUUAAUUGCCUAUCACUCGAAUAUUUUGAGCCUAUCAAACUUUAUGAACGAGGUAUUUGGUGUGCCACUACUGGUCAACUUUAUGGCUUCAUCUUUUGUAAUUUGCUUUAUCGGCUUUCAAAUGACAAUGGACACUGAACCGGAUUACAAGGUUAAGCUGUUGUUAUUCUUCUUCUCGUCUUUGACACAAAUUUAUUUGAUUUGCCACUAUGGGCAGUUGCUAUUGGAUGCGAGCAUCAACGUAGCUCAAGCUGUCUUCAAUAACGACUGGACUAAUGCACACACACAUUAUCAACAAAUGUUGGUGUUGGUAGCGGCGCGCGCCCAAAAACCGGCAAUACUAAAGGCAACAAGCUUUGUACACGUUUCACGUGGCACAAUGAAUGAUAUAAUGCAAAUUUCAUAUAAAUUCUUCACUCUCAUUCGUACAAUGUACAGCAAUUAA